ACGCAUGCUUUAACAUUUCCGAAACAGAUGCGCGAAAUAUUAGUUUUUAUUUGUGAAUAUGUUUUCUUUCACUUCUUGAGCAUUUGUUGAGACGCGUUAGGUAUCCUUUGUUUGUUGGAAAGUAAUGCACUUGAUUAGAUAUAUUAAUUUUAUGAUAAUAUUUUUCUGAACUUCAUUUUGCACGUUGGAUAAGCAUAAUACUUCAUGAGCAUAAUACUUCCACCUUCGAGAUUUUGGAUGCAUCUUUAAAAAAUAAUUAUGGCUGAUAGUUCCUACUUCUCGAAUGUUAUCUAUAGCAAUCAGACGUAUGAAACACUUAGCAGAGAUUUGAUAAAUUUGUAUUUUCAACAUCAAAUGCUGAUAUGGACUAUUAUUUUGCUUAUUCCUGUUGUGGCUACUCUUCUGUUGCCGUUAUUUAUGUUAAGCUUGGUGUACGUAUCUGCUCUUUAUCUGAAAGCAUAUCGGUAUUAUUAUAAAAUUAAUGGUUAUACAUUUACUCCAGAGUGCUGGAUAUCACCAAGAAAUUUUUUAUGUUAUUUGUGGGAUUUUCAAGGAAGAUUUUGGUAUGGUUAUGAAGCUGAAGGGUUAGAAAACAUUCCAAAAGAAGGUCCUGCAUUAGUUGUUUUUUAUCAUGGAGCCAUGCCUGUUGAUUGGUAUUAUUUGCUCUGCAAAAUUGUGCUUUAUAAAGAACGUGUCAUCUGUGCAGUCGGUGACAGAUUUUUGUUUAGUAUUCCAGCUUUUGAUGCUAUAAUAGAUUGCCUCCAAAUUUAUCCUGGCACUGUUGAUACUUGUGCAGACAUUUUAAAAAAAGGAAAUUUACUGGCUAUUGCUCCAGGUGGAGUGAGAGAAGCUUUGUUUGGUGAUGAAACUUAUCCUUUAAUCUGGGGUUCAAGGAUAGGUUUUGCUAAAGUUGCCAUGGAAGCUAAAGCGCCUAUAAUUCCUGUAUUUACUGAGAAUAUUAGGGAAGCAUUUUUCACUUUAAGUUGGGGAAAAAAAUGGUUGAGGAGUAUUUAUGAGAGAACAAGAAUCCCUUUAGUUCCUAUUUAUGGUGGAUUUCCUUGCAAGCUGAAAACAAUUGUUGGCAAGCCUAUUGAAUAUGACGCAUCAAUUACUCCUCAAGAAAUGGCUGAAAGGGUGGCAGAUAGAAUGAAAUCUAUGAUCAAACAACAUCAAAAGUUACCUGGCAGUAUCACUAGAAGUGUACUAGAGCGAUUUCAUCAUCUGUUUAAGCUUAAACAAGCAUAAUCCUUUUUUUUUCAUUUGUGUGAACACAUAUCAAUAUAAGUUGUUGUGACCAACUGAGACAUCUGCAAGUGAAAGGUAUUUCUGUGUGUUAUCAAGAAACAUGUUUUUAGAAAUUAGGAAGUUUAGUUGUGUUUGUUUUGAAUGUCUUGAAAGUUUUGUAUCGUUUGUGAUAGAUUGCUCAUUGUUGUCAAAUAUUGUUACUGUCUCAAACUCUUUCCAUUCCAGUUUUUACAUUAGGUUAAUUCGUAAAAAUCAUUGCUUCGCUCAUUUCUGUAUUUAAAUAAAAAUGAAAAUUUGAUCAAUUUUUAAACUUUCUGUGUCUAUUUGCAUAAUGUAAUAAAAUAAUACUUCUCUAAAUUUUCUAGUCCUUGUAAAUUUAUAUCGGCAUUUAUUACUUAAUGUAAUGUUUAAUGGUGGAAGAAUAAUAAAUGUUUAUACUAUGCAUGAUAUCUUCUAUGAAUGUUAUAUGAUGUAAUUUAAAGGACUAUUAAAGGUUUAUUAUUUUUUAAAAGGAUGAAGGUUUAUUAAAAUAGGAUCAUGUACUGUAGAAACCAGAUUAUGCAUUAUGCAAUGAAUGCUAUUUUGAAACUUUCAUUUAUCAAAUAUUAACUUUUGAUUUACUGAUUAGCGAGACUGCAUUUGUUAAUAAAUACUUGUUGCAUUUUUUUUCAAGUUCCAAUUUCAAUCACAAAAAAUAUCAAAUUUUCAUAAAAACUAAAUAAUUGUCAUAUUUGUAUAAAAGAAAUUGUUUUGAUAUCAUAUACAGAUAUAUUUCAGAUACUUCUGCUAGUUAAUUUGAAUAUGCUGUAAAAGUGUAUUUAAUUUACAAAAUAUUAAAAAUAAUUUUUUUUAAAAUAACUGUUAUGAUACACUAUACAAAGAUCAGCAUUUAACAUUUGAAAUUCAAGCAUGAAUAUUUAUAAGAUUGUCCUUUUUUUCUAAAUGUUACCUUUUUUUAUGGUAAGAAAAAAAUAUUUUUUAGAUAUUUCCCGUUUUUUAAGGCAGUUCUCCAUUCUCUUCCUCAAGAUUGUAUCAGUGUGGCUUCAUAUAACUACCCACUUAAAUUAGCAAUCUGUUUGUGGCUUCCAUUUUGAUAAAGUGGGGAUUGCAGAAAUCUUAUUUGAAUAUUCAACUAUAAAUCUGAAAUAAAAUUAAUUUAAAGAAUUUUAAAUUUCUGAUAAAUGAAAAUAUAUAUUAGAAUAAUUCUGUUCUUCAAAAUUUAAAAAUGAAAAGAUCUAAUUUUGUUACUUACUCUUUAAUAAUCUCUUAAGAUACUUGUGCUGUGAGAUUGGAAUAAACUAAUAACUUGAAUCACAUCAAUGUUAAUGAUAUUUUAUAAAAAAUUAUAAGAUUCUUCAAUUUAUCUAACAGAACAGUGAUAUAUAAGUAAAUGCAUAUCAUGUAAUAAAAAAAAAUAUUUUAUGCAGCAUGUUAUUGAUUUGUUGCACCAGUAUGUUUUUAUCUUAUUUUUGUUUUUUAAAAGAAGAGCUUAAAAAAUAUCAUAUUUGCUUAAAUCAAAAGUUAAAAACUUAUAUUGAGCACUUAAAGCAAGUUUUUGUCCUUACCGAACAAGUUUAUAUUUUAUUUAUUUUUUUCCUAAUGAGAAAACUGUAUAAUUGUUUUUUGUAAUCUUAUUGUUUGAUACUAUACAUAUAGGCAAAGCAUGUUAAUUGGUCCAAACUCAAAAUUAUUUUAUUAACUCUCCAUUUUAUUUAAUAUUUUUAUUUCAAUAUUGAUUUCAAUUUUUAUAUUAAUACUUAAAUAUUCUUAUGCAUUUUUAUUGUAUUAAAAAAUACAUGCUAGAGCAUGUUAAAUGUUAACGUUUAUAUAAAGAAAUGAUGAAAUCUUUAUCACCAUGUAUCUUUAUUACUAUGUGUUUUAUAUGCUUAGAUCUUUUACAUAUCUAUUUAAGUUUGUCCGAUUUUAAAAAGGCUGAUUAAAUUUGUCAUUUUUUUUCUUCAUAAAUUUCUAAUUUGACUUUUUUGUUUUCCUUUUCUUUCUAAAAUGAUAAACCUGUUUAUACUUUUGUAUUUAUAUAUUUUUUAGUUAAAACUAUAAUAAAUUUUUGAAAUUGGUGUAAAUAAUUGGUAAUUUUUUUUUUUAAAACUAAAAACAGUUUUUAAACAUUGUGAAUGAAAUGUUUUAUAGUUUGAGUGUAAUAUUUCUAGAAAAAUCAAAUUAUUUAUAAUAUUUAUCUAAAAUCAACCGUUUAAAAAAUGGGGAAUGCAGUUACUGUCUUUUUUAAUUCAUUGAGAAUAGAAGUCAUUUUGAAAACUAUUUACUUGCCAAUGGCACUUGUUUUUACUGCCAUGUUAAGAUUAAGCAUGGAAUGAAAUUGAAAUAUUUUACUUAUUUAUUUGGAUAUUGUUGAGAUUUUUCAUGCAUUUGAUUUGUUAAAAAAAAAGAAAAAUUUUUUUGUGAAGAAUUAUUUUAGAUAAAAUGAAUGUCAUAUUUUAUAAAUUUUACUUUAAUUUUUUAUCAUUACAUCAUAGAACUUUCCCGAUAGGUAUUGUUUUCCAAUGCAGAAAAUUUAAAGGUAUGGUUUAUGUUUUAAUUUUGAAUUUUUUGCGGAAAAAUUAUUGACUAUUAAUUAUUAUAAAUUAUUUACUAUUUAUUAUCAAUGUAAAUUUCACUAAAAUGUUCAUUUUUUGAAUGCUUAAUUUCAAUAAGUCAAUUUUUCUCAUAAAUAUGAUUGAUUUUAAUAGCUAAUAUAAUUUGCUGAAAAAUCGAUAAUUGAAAAAAAAAAUUCAACAGUACCACAUAUUAAUAAUUAAAAUCACUUCGCUUCGAAGUUAAAUGGUUAUUCCAAAAAGUGAGGGAAUUUCUCACUUAUUUUAAAAUAAAAAUGUAUUUUUACUGAAUUUUACUAAACUAAAUUAACUUUCUUAAUUAUGCUUGAAUCAACAUUACAAUGAUUAAUGAAAGUGAUGUUAAGCAUAUAUAUGUAAAAAGACAUAUUUUAUUAUAUUUACAAAUCAUCUAAAUUAUUCAGAAAAAUGUUAUACUGAAAGAAUUGUAUUUUAUUAAAAGGUUGGAUUUAUCAAAACUAAAAGUUUUUGCUAUUUCAAUUCAUGCUGGUCAUGUUUGUGAAUUGUAUACUAGUUUAUCAUUCUUUGUUCUUGGUAUAGGUGUAUUUUUCUAAUUAUUGUUGUUGACAAUACAAUUUUUUUUACUAA